UUUUCUAUGAUGUGCGAGUGUGAGGUGUAGGGCCCCUCUCCUUGAAAAGAACGUGCUUGUGUGCAUUCUCACUUCGCUUCCCUCCGAUCUCUUCCCCAAGGAGAGUUUAGUCGUCAUGGUCCUCGAGGCUGUGGUCUAUCCCCCCGACCCUCUCUCUUAUGCCGUCAAAGACAAUCUAUACCCCUUUGGCUUGUUCCUCGACGACUCUCAGCAACAUCAUCCCUCUCUUGAUUUUCUCCACAAUAAUCACCAUCCUCAUCUCCAUGCUGCAGAUUGGGACUGUUCAUCCCCACCCCACUUCAGCCAUGUUCCUCUCUCCAACCCUUCCUCCUCCGACCCCACCAAUGCCGCCAUUUCGCUCCCUACUCAUCCCCACCUCCUGGAUUCUGCUCCUGCUCCGGUCCGUCCCAAGCGCCGCAGACCCAAAACCCGAAAGAAUCAGCAAGAAAUUGAGAACCAGCGGAUGACUCACAUUGCCGUGGAGCGCAAUCGGAGGAAACAAAUGAAUGACUAUCUCUCCGUUCUUCGCUCUUUGAUGCCUGACUCCUACGUCCAAAGGGGUGACCAGGCUUCUAUAAUCGGAGGAGCUAUUAACUUCGUGAAGGAGCUCGAGCAAAGGCUGCAAUUCCUGGGUUCUCAGAAACAGACAGAGGGGACGUGGGAAUCGAGUCCUCCUGCAGAGCUGCCUUUUUCCGAGUUCUUUGCAUUUCCUCAGUACUCGGCUACGAGUUCCGGCAGGUGCGACAGUAAUUCCGGGCCUGCGGGAGAGGGAUCAGAGGUCGAUGCGAUUCAGUCCGGGAUCGCCGAUAUAGAAGUGACGAUGGUGGAGAGCCAUGCAAAUCUGAAGAUAAGAUCCCAGAAGCGACCCAAGCAGCUCCUCAAGAUAGUCUCCGGCUUGCAUAGCAUGUGUCUCACCAUCAUGCACUUAAACGUCACCACCACCGCCCAGAUUGUCCUCUAUUGUCUCAGUGUUAAGGUAGAAGAUGAUUGCAAGCUGUGUUCGGUGGAUGACAUAGCCGCGGCUCUCUUUCAGAUGAUGGACAGUAUUCAUCGGGAGGCACUGCUGUGCUAAUUAUUAAUGAAGCUGCCACCCAAUUUGAAUUUAAAUGACUCGACCUCUUUUUUCUUUGUUUUAGUCUUUUUAACCUCAAGACCUCGUGGUUCUUCAUUGUUGUUUUCGAUGUGGAACUAGAGCAGUACUGUAGUUGGUAAUUAUUGCAGCUCCUGUAACUGCUUUCGUUGAUGGGCUCCAUGGAGGAAGGUUUUUUGAUUAUUCCCCCUCACAUAUUAUUGCAGUUUCACUGUCUUGCUACUUUUGCACUCUUUUUUCUCUGUGGUGGGGGUGGAGGAGCUUGGAGCCUAUGAAACUCUGAGACAUUCCCGGGUGUUUGAUUAUUUCCGCCCACCCUUGCUUUUGCUCAGUGGUAGGCCAUAUCUCAACCAAAACCAGCAGCCAUGGUAAUCUGAAUUUUAUUCUACACGACUUGAGCUUUCAUUGUGGACUCCACUAUCAAAACUGAAUAUAUCUCCUAAGCUGCACUUCUUCAGAUCCAGACCAUAGUUAAUUUCUUCUGCUAUAUAUGAUGAGAUGAAUAAAAGAAAUGGUUGGGAAAAUUGGAAGCUAGCAUUGUGUACAUAUCGAGAAGACGGAAAGCUACGGUAGACUCGGCAGCGAAAGGUCAAAGGAUUGUAAGAAUGCAGGGAAAGCUGCGAAAAACAGCUUUUACAGGUCCACAAUUCACGCAACAGAAACUGCUACCAUCUUAACUCUCCUCGUUAUCUGAAUCACCAGUUCAAUCAUCCACAACAACAGGCUCAUCGUUUCAUUAAUUUAUCUGAAUGUACGUAUACGUGGAAUUCUUUUUUCUUGUUUAUUUCUGUGUCCGCUGCCAUUUUGGGGCCGUGCGUCUUUUAAAAAAACUAAAACCCGAAUCAUUAGCGCAUUGAAGGCUAAAUAAUGGUCCCCAGUUGAGUUGUACGGUGUUCGUUUUCGAAUCCCUAGGUAUUCAAAAAAGUUCAUUUAUUUUAUCGGGUCGUCGUCCGGUUGUAUUUAUCUUCCGGAUCAGAAUGAAAACGAUCAAGUUACAUGUGCCU